GUAACCCUGAUCCUGUCAGUUCCCCCAUCUGGGAUAUUCAGACAGGAUGUCUAUGAAGUUUCUUCUCGUGGAUGGACCGUUGUGGUCUGUGGUGGUGGGACAGUCGAAUUGGAGAGAAGUGCUCAGGAGUUCCUGAAAUGGUUCGACCGGGAAGCUACUGAUCUUAUGUAUAAGUAUUCUUUGUCAUCAUGGGCAUACAACAUAAACAUCACCCAGGAGAAUUUAGACAAAAUGGGUGUACAGAGUGCAAUCUGGGGAGAGUACUACAGCAAGGUAUCCAAGGAGGCUGAGAGCUUUCCAAUCGAUCAGAUCAAGGAUCCAUUGAUCAAACUACAGCUGACUUCACUCCAAGACAAGGGCUCUGGAGCCCUGUCCGCAGAAAAACAAAAGCAUCUGAACAGAGUAAUGAAUGAGAUGAGCACCAUCUACAGCACUGGCACGGUGUGUAAAAGGGACGACCCCUUCAACUGUCAGACUUUGGAACCUGGUCUAGAGAGCGUGAUGUCAAACAUGGACAGUGACUACUAUGAACGCCUGCAUGUCUGGGAGGGCUGGAGAGUGGAGGUGGGCAAGAAGAUGAGGCCUCUCUAUGAAGAUUACGUGGACCUGAAGAACGAAGCUGCCAAACUCAAUGGUUAUAAGGACCAUGGAGAUUAUUGGAGGUCCAACUACGAAACCACGGACGACAGCCCCUACAAGUACACCAGGGAACAACUGAUCACUGAUGUGAGGCGCAUUUACAAAGAGAUUCUCCCCCUCUACAAAGAGCUGCAUGCCUAUGUGAGGACUAAGCUUCAGGCUAAACAUCCUGAGCACAUUCACCCGGAGGGAGCGCUGCCUGCCCAUCUGCUGGGCGACAUGUGGGGAAGGUUUUGGACAGGGCUGUACCCUAUCUCAACCCCCUUCCCAGAGAAAACGGACAUUGAUGUGACCAGUGCUAUGAUCGAACAGGGUUGGCCUAAAAAGAGACUAUUCCAGGAGGCAGAGAAGUUUUUCACGUCAGUGGGUCUUUACAAAAUGUUCGACAACUUCUGGGAAAACUCCAUGCUGGAGAAGCCAACCGACGGGAGAAACGUCGUGUGUCACCCUACAGCCUGGGACAUGGGGAACAGGCAGGACUUCAGGAUCAAGAUGUGCACGGAGGUGAACAUGGAUCACCUCCUGACAGCGCACCAUGAGAUGGGCCACAACCAGUACCAGAUGGCUUACAGGAACCAGUCCUACCUGCUGAGAGACGGGGCCAACGAGGGCUUCCACGAGGCUGUGGGGGAGAUCAUGUCGCUGUCCGCAGCCACCCCGAAACACCUUGUGUCUCUGAAGCUCCUGCCAAGCGACUUCAAGGAGGACAACGAGACAUCAAUCAACUUCCUGAUGAAGCAAGCCCUGACCAUCGUGGCUACACUGCCCUUCACCUACAUGCUGGAAGAGUGGAGGUGGCAGGUCUUCCAAGGGACCAUCCCCAAAGACCAGUGGAUGUUGCGCUGGUGGGAGAUGAAAAGGGAGAUGGUUGGUGUAGUUGAGCCCCUGCCCAGAGAUGAGACGUACUGUGAUCCUGCUGCCCUGUUCCAUGUGUCCGGGGACUACUCUUUCAUCAGAUAUUUCACAAGGACCAUCUACCAGUUCCAGUUCCAAAAAGCCCUGUGUGAGGCAGCAGGACAUUCCGGGCCCUUGUUCCAGUGUGACAUCACCAACUCUACAGAUGCAGGGCACAAGCUUAAGACGAUGCUGGAAUUCGGAAGGGCUAAGUCAUGGACAAGAGCCCUGGAAACCAUAUCAGGAAAUGCUAAGAUGGACUCCGCCCCUCUCCUGGACUACUUUAAGGUCCUGUAUGAUUGGCUAAUAAAAGAAAACAGGAAGAACAAUAGGAAGCCAGGAUGGAAAGCAACUGAGGACCCAUACUCAAAUGAUGCCUACAAAGUGAGGUUGAGCCUGAAAAAAGCUAUGGGUGACAAAGCAUACAGCUGGAAUGCCAAUGAGAUUUACCUGUUCAAAGCCAACAUAGCCUACGCCAUGAGACAGUAUUACCUCAAGGUCAACAAGACAAACGUUUCUUUCACGAUAGACAAUAUUCACAUAUACAAGGAGACACCUAGAAUAUCAUUCUACUUUGUGGUGACUGACCCUGCCAACCCAACCAUGGUCAUCCCCAAAGCCAAAGUAGAGGCAGCUAUCAGGAUGUCCAGAGGUCGCAUCAAUGAUGCUUUCCAACUGGACGAUAAUACUCUGGAGUUUGAGGGUCUCCUAGCAACACUGGCCCCGCCCGUGGAGCAGCCGGUAACUGUCUGGCUGGUGGUGUUUGGUGUGGUGAUGGGAUUGGUGGUCUGCAUGGGGUCCUACCUGGUAAUCUCCGGACUCAGAGAUAGGAAAAGAAAAUCUGCAGCUGAUGCUGAAGUGAAUGCAGAGAACCCCUAUGAAAAUGCGACAAUUGAAGGGAAGACCAACAAAAUCUUUGAUAGUGAAGAAGAUCAACAGACAGGAUUCUGAUUCUGUGAUUCUCUGUAUGACAGUUUGACAGAUGAUGGCUGGAACUGCAAACCACCUAAAGUACAGGAUUGCUCUAUCACAUCUGAAGUUUGAUUACUUGUGUAAAUGAUGUACAUAUACAUUCAGGGAAUGUAUUUUAAAGUAUUUACAAUAUGUUGUAAAUAAAUAUACUUAAUUAAAGUAACUGAAAGUAUAAAAUGUAUAAAACUGA